ACGCCGCUGGCACUUCCGCUGCGACCCGCCUCUUGCUGUGAACGGUCCGGGGAUUCCUGAGACCGGUCAGCCGGCAAGUUCGCGCUAACUACUCGGCGACCCCAUGGAGCGCCUCGAUAAAGCUGCGCUGAACGCGCUGCAGACACCCGAAUUCAGGAAUGAAGGCUCCCUGGCGUCUACCCUGAAAACGCUCCUGUUCUUCACAGCUUUAAUGAUCACAGUUCCCAUUGGGCUUUAUUUUACAACCAAGUCUUAUAUUUUUGAAGGUGCCCUCGGAAUGUCCAAUAGGGACAGCUAUUUUUAUGCUGCUAUUGUUGCGGUGGUUGCUGUCCAUGUGGUGCUUGCCCUCUUUGUCUAUGUGGCCUGGAAUGAAGGCUCACGACAGUGGCGUGAAGGCAAACAGGAUUAAAGUGAACAUAACCUUUUGAUAGCAUUAAAGUUAUUUUUGAAAUCUGCUAUAUACUUCUGCUCUAUUAAUAAAUGAGUACGUUUUAUUUGAAUAAAGUUGAAAGAAUAUGUUAAA